AGGGGUAAAGUUUUCCCGACUUUUUAAUUCAUUUGGUAAAACCUGAAAUGGCAAAACCUUUAGAUCACAUAAAGAGACCUAUGAACGCUUUCAUGGUUUGGUCCAGGGGCCAAAGGAGAAAAAUGGCCCGAGAAAAUCCAAAGAUGCACAACUCUGAAAUCAGCAAGAGACUCGGCGCGGAGUGGAAGAUGCUCACCGACGCAGAGAAGCGUCCGUACAUCGACGAGGCCAAGAGGCUGCGGGCUCAGCACAUGAAGGAGCACCCGGACUACAAGUACCGACCCCGGCGCAAACCCAGAAGUCCACUAAAGAGGGACCGAUUCGUUUUCCCGCUGCCGCCUUUGCUCAGUGACGCAGCGGAGCACCUGAAGGGAUUCUCCAUGGACUCUUUUCUCGUCCCCGGAGAUAAAGGUAGAGCUCUUCUCGCUCCAGCAUCUUCCUCCUCUUCCUCCUCAUUCCCGCUGUUGGACCCGGUUGCGCAGUUCCGAACCGGAGCUGUCCAACGGAUGGUGGAGAUUCCCCACGCGCUUGCUGGAGGCGCUCUGCCCUACAGCGCGCACGGCUUUGGAUACCAGACUGGAGGGUUCGGGGGUCUGCCUUGCCUCGGACAGCACACCCACGCGGCACCGUCUGGGCCUGGGUACGUGGUUCCGUGUAGCUGCAGCGCCUGGUCCGCAGCCAGCUUCCAGCCUCAGGUGGCUUAUAUCGUCUUUCCCGGAGGGACGAGCAAAGGCGGCGUGGAUUCUUACACCUCUCCAGGCGCUGAUGUGUGA